AGUCUGCGCGGACCCGCGGUAGAACCUAGUCGUGGAGGUAAAAAAUGAGUCGUUUUUGUCCAUCGUCAUUCACCGGUAUCGCCUGCUGUUCCUUCCUCCUGCCGUCUGCUGACCUGCGCCUCGCCACCGAAAGACGCUGCAGUAAAAAGCGCUCCUCAGUCGGCUGAUUGUUGUCGAGCGAGCCAAGCACUCGGCUUUUUUAUUUCGCCGAGAGAGAGCGUGCGCGAGUGAGAGGCGCCCGAAGAUGCCGAGAUCCAAGAAGCGGGCCUGCAAGGGCCGAGGUGGACAGCAUCGAGCAGUACAGCCUUUCAGCGAUGAGGAUGCUUCCAUUGAAACAAUGAGCCACUGCAGCAGUUUCAGUGAUUCAACCAGCUUGGCUGAUGAAGGUACUGAAGAUGUUGAUGAAGAGGCAAGUCAAGAGGAUUAUGAAUAUAGACUGAAAGGAUUCAUUGAUAGCACGAUGGAUAAAAGUGCAAAGAAUAGACUGUUUGCUCUUGUGGGUCUGAAGACUGCCUUCUCUUCCAAAAUCCUUUAUGACUUAAUUCUGGAAAGAAGACUGACGUUGACGGACAGCAUAGAACGGUGUCUGAAGAAAGGUAAGAGUGAAGAGCAAUGUGCUGCAGCCGCCGUUGCUUCCCUUCUCUGCAUUCAGCUCGGCUCCAGCAUUGAAAGUGAAGAAGUCUUCAAAAGUUUGAGAUCCAUUCUGAAGACUAUUUUUACUGAUGAAUCAGCCAGCAUUCAGACGCGGAAAGCUUGCGCUACAAGUUUGGCCAUUUGCUGCUAUGUAGCUACUGAUGAUGUUGAGGACCUGCGCUUGACAAUGACGUACCUGGAGAGUCUUUUCUCUGCAUUGUACUGGAAGGAGGAGCAGCCGGAGUGGAUGCAGAAUAACCAAACCACAAUGUUGCACAUCAGUGCUUUGAUUGCAUGGACGUUGCUGCUUACCAUUUGCCCACCCUCAUUAGUGACACAAACACUUGAGAAACAUAUGUCCAAACUGCCAACUCUUCUCUCUUGUGGUGAUGUGAACAUGCGAAUCGCGGCCGGUGAGACCAUGGCUCUUCUGUUUGAAUUAGCGAGAGAUAUCUGUGAGGAUUUUGACUAUGAAGAUAUGGAACUUCUGUGUGCACAGCUGAAGUGUUUGGCCACAGACAGCAAUAAGUACCGGGCCAAAACUGACAGGAAGAAACAGCGUUCUGUAUUUAGAGAUGUCUUGAGGACUGUUGAGAAAGGUGACUUUGACUCUGAGACAAUAGCAUUUGGACCUGAGCGGAUGUAUAUUGACAGCUGGGUGAAGAAACGUUCUUAUGAGACCUUUAAAGAAGUCCUUGGAUCUGGUAUCAGAUUGCAUCUACAGGCCAACGAGUUUGUACGCGGUCUCUUUGAGCUUGGACCACCACCUUUGCUGGAUGCUGCCACUCUGAAAGCAACUAAGAUUUCUCGUGUUGAGCGGCACUAUUACAACGCUGCUGUGUGCAAGGCUCGAACAAAGGCCAGGAACAAAUCACGUGACAAGAGAACAGACAUUGGCGAAUACAUUUAAGUUGCAUUAAGAAUCCAGCCUGAUAACCUGGCCUUCCUUCACUCUUCCAACCGUUUUUAAAUACAAAACUGAUCACCCGAAAGAGUAUAAUGAAUUCCACUAUUUAUUUUAUACUGAAUUGUGCACAGAUAAGAAUGAUGUUAUGUAAUUUGUAUUUAACUUUCAUUGUUGUAAGUAACCAUUUUUGUAACUGCAUCUUCGUUUGCAUUUAAUAUUCACUGCUUGGCUAGAGUUGUUCAUGGUUAGUGUGAUUUGACACAUUUAUGAAGUGUUGCGUUGUUGGCUAUAAUUAGAUUAAUAAAUGUACAAGUCAAAAUAUUAUUCGGAAGCUUAACAAAUUGUUUUUCAAAUUAAUGUAAAUGUUAAUGUAAAAUGUAAGUUCAAACAGGGAAACUCCAGUAAACUAUUCAUGAAGUACAUUGUGAAAGAUUCCGUCCUUGUCUUUCCUCAAGUAAAACUUUCCCCAUCUUAGUGCAACAUCCAUCCGUCGCUGCCUGCCAUGCAGGAAACAGCUGUUUCCUCAGUUGUGAGAAGCACAAGUCUGUUCAGCUGAGCUCCAUGCUGUGAAUUCUUUUGCCCGCCAUACAAAUACAUAAUUCUGUUUCAAGAUUUUUCUCAUCUGCGUCUAAAAUAUUUACAUCCAUGUGUUCAUGAUACUGGAAGUGUUUCCAGUCUGAAGAGUGCUCAGUUUCCCAAUGUGGGACCACUUCAAAUGGCCAUGUUAUGUUGGAUUGUGGUCACUGGACCAGCAAAAUAGAUUGCCUGGAGUUUCUCUUCGAUAUGUAACUUAAUUGACUUGUGAUACUGGGAAAUUGUCCUAUUUAAGUUUUCAUACAAGGUGGAUGCAGGAGGUUGAGAGAUGGCACUGGGAAUGGUGCAAUAGGCUUUAAUUGGGUUGUUUGGGGCACCCAGCGACUGUUCCAUGUUUUGGAGGAUUUAAUUUUUUUAAAAAUUCAAGAAGCUUCACUAUUGCAAGCAUAUUACUUCAUAAAUGUGUUCUCAAGAGUUACUGAAGGCACCAGUCUUGGGGAUUUGGCAGUAUGCUGGAAAUAUAAUUGUGGUUAAUAUCUUUUCAUAAUCUUGCUCCAUGUGAUCUGGGUGUUGCUUUUAUUAUUUUGUACUUGUGUUGGGGAAACCAAUAAAAGUGAGAUGUGUGCAAACUG